UCUCACCUCUUCUUGUCUCUCUCCCACCUCUUCUUGUAUCUCUCUCUCUCUCUCUCUCUCUCUCUCUCUCUCUCUAAACUUCAAGAAUUGCUUCUAAUGGUUUGAUCAUCACAUUGCACAAACUUAAGUAAUAUAUAGAGAGAGCUUAUGAUCAAAGAGUUUUGCCGGAAAUAAUGGGGAAGAAAGGGAGUGGUGGAUGGUUCUCCACGGUGAAGAAGAAAGUCUUCAAAUCCUCUCCUAAAGAUUCAAAGAGAGAGAACAACGUUGGUAGUAAUAACGCCGAUAGAUGGCAGCAGCAACACGAUACGCAAGAAGUCGUGUCGUUUGAAAAUUUUCCGGCGGAAAGCUCGCCGGAGAUCUCUCAUGACGUUGAGAGCACAGCUUCUACUCCAGCAACUAAUGUUGGAGAUAGAAAACACGCUAUGGCUGUGGCUAUGGCUACUGCAGCUGCCGCUGAAGCUGCUGUUGCAGCUGCACAAGCUGCCGCUAAAGUUGUUCGGCUUGCCGGUUACAACCGCCAGACGGAGGAAGAUAGCGCCGCCGUGCUCAUUCAAUCACACUACAGAGGUUAUUUGGCGAGACGAGCACUUCGUGCCUUGAAAGGACUAGUUAGGCUACAAGCAUUGGUCCGUGGUAACCAUGUACGGAAACAGGCGCAAAUGACUAUGAAAUGUAUGCAAGCUUUGGUCCGCGUCCAAGGCCGAGUCAGAGCGAGAAGGCUCCAAGUGGCUCAUGACCGGUUUAAGAAACAAUUUGAGGAAGAAGAGAAGCGGUCCGGGAUGGCAAAACCAAAAAACGGGUUUGUGAAUCACCAAACCGAACAAGAGAAACCGAAGAAAUUGCACCAAGUGAACCGAACCAGCUUGUACCAAACUCCAGGAAAGGAAAAAGAGAAGAGUGAAGGAAUGAUGAAACGAGAGAGGGCUCUUGCUUAUGCAUACACUUACCAGCGCCAAAUGCAACACACAAAUAAUGACGAUACAAAUGGGCCUGAGAGAAACCAGUGGGCUUGGAAUUGGCUUGACCAUUGGAUGUCUUCUCAGCCAUACACAGGCCGUCAAACUGGCCAGGCUCCCGGUCCCGGACAGUACAACCCACCUCCGUAUCCGCCUUUUCCGACAGCCGCGGCAACCACAAUUACAUCUGAUGAUGUAUCGGAAAAGACCGUGGAAAUGGACAUGGCCACUCCCACUAGCCUCAAGGACAAUAUAAUCGGUCUUAUCGAUCGAGAGUAUAUAGACUUAGGAUCAUAUAGACAAAGCCAUAAGCAACGGAAAAGCCCAACACAUAUACCAAGCUACAUGGCUCCAACAGCAUCUGCAAAGGCCAAAGUCCGAGACCAAGGCACAACAGGAAAGCUACAUGGAACUUCUUUUAUGCCCUAUUGGAACUCCUCCACGAAAAACGGGUCGAUCAAUGGAUCGGGUUGUGAUUCUUCAAGUUCAGGUGGAGCAAUAACGUCAAGUUACCCUGGUCCUAGGAGUCCUAACCCAAAAUCUGAUAUCCGACGUAAGCCGGUUAGUCCUAGUCAAAGUCCUACCGGGUUUGGAAAGAGAGGUUGGAGGCAUGAUCAUUAGAAAGAAAGUAUCUUAAAUCUUGAAUAAAAACUUACAUGUGGUGUGGUUGGUUAAUUGUCUUUGUUUGAAAUAUAUUUUCGUUGUUACAUAAUUGUAUAUGACAUUAAUAAUGGAACGUAACAUGUCAUCUCAAGUUUUUAAUGUCA